AUGACUGCAAGGGUGUGCCAAGGCCUCAAAGAAACUGUUCCAACUGGGACGAGCAACGUGGACUACAGCUUAACACUGGUGCCUCCGUGCUUCCACGUCGUCCGAAGGGGACUUCAUCUCGGGGUUGUCCUCUCGCUGCCCGCCGCGACGUUUUGGACCCGCGUGCACGAAGGCACGUACUACGGUACACGCGUCAUCGCCAAGGUGAUACUCGCCGCUGACGCCACCACACUGCGCAAAGCUUACCAGCUGGCUCGAAUUUCCAUCGACAUGCAUCAUCCCAACAUUGUCCGCUUCUUGGGCGUCGACUACGACGACCAAAACAAGACUGCAGUCUUUGUGACCGAGCAGCUUGAGCGCGGGGACUUGGCGUCCAUCUUGGCCAGCGACGAAGGGCUCUCGGUUCAAGUGUGCAUCCAAAUCAUGUUCGAUGUCGCGUGCGGCAUGGCCUACCUCCAUUCGCAGCCCAAGCCGAUCAUGCACCGCGACUUGCGCGCGGCCAACGUUCACAUUUCCCGCAACAAUCGAGCCAAGGUGGCCAAUUUCGAGCUCAGCGGCAAACUUGGCCUGGACACGUCACGGGUCGGAACGCCGGCGUGGACGGCGCCCGAAAUCUUGGCAGGCGGUGCAAACUACACGGAAAAGGUGGACGUCUACAGCUUCGCGAUGCUCGUAGUCGAGAUUAUGAAUCGAAAGAUGCCGUAUGCCGACGAAUCCAAAGCCACGCCAGCGCGCCAGCUCUUGGAAGAAAUCGUGUCGAAGCAGCGGCGGCCGACAAUUUUGCAUCCGGAAAAGUGGCCGCAACAAAUGCUCGAGCUUGUGAAAGCGUGCUGGAAAGAAAACCCGGAAGGGCGCCCCGCGUUUCAGUUCAUUGUCGCCGAGCUGGACAUGUAUUUGAAACAACCUCAACAGUGA